CGCUGUCCGCGGUGCUGAAGCCUGUUGGAGGUGCUGAGAAAUCUAGUGGCGAGCAAGCAAUCGUCUCCCAGCAAGCAGUGAAAUGUAAGCUUCUCCUCACCACAGCUGAUUGCAAUUACACCAACAAACAACUGCCGGCCUCUCUCAAAGGAGCCACAACACGCUCUUUCUUCCUCUUCCAUUUUAUUUGGGUAAUUGCUUUUUUAUUUUUUCCUCCCCUCCGCUGUUUAGCCAGCACUUCCAACACCCGGUGCUCCUUCCAAUGCAGCUCGUUUCCACACCGUGAGCACUCAGUGUUUCAGCUUCCAAAGUAUUGAGCACGAGAAAAAAAUAAAAGAGAUCCCACACACGCUGCCAGAGAAGGUAGAAGAAGAGAAGAGGCUGUUUUUAUUUAAAGGGACUGACUGGAGUAAUAAGGAGAUUAUCCUAAGAACAUGUAUGCAGCGUGCUUGCUGUUCUCUGCUGUGGUGCAUAUCCAUUGUCAAGGACAAUGGGCGGGAUCUUAUGAUGCUGAAGCUGGGAGGAGCAGCUUGAUUACCGCAGUAAUAAAUGGAAUUGACAACAAGGUAACUGGAAGCUGGAAUACAAAACGAGGCCCGACUUCCACUACAGUUGUUGGAGAUCUAGAAGGAGAGGUACCUUUUAUUACAACAGCACCUACUAUGACAUUGUUGAACCACCACCCUCUACUGGAAGGAAUUCUCCAUGAAAGUAUCAUGAAAAAGGACUUCCGGCACCUACCACCCUACUUUACUAGGACCAAACAAUCACAGGACAAUAGUGAGUUAAGUGAUAAAUUAUCAGAACGCAAAACAAGAAUUAACCUGGCUCAUCCGGACAAUGUUCCAAUGUUCCAUGCGGAUUUCUCUACACCCACAAUGCCACUUACGCCAUCCACAAUGAUAAUGGACACUACAUCUGUUGUUACUGAAAAUCAAAAAGACUUUGGUGUUGUAUUGGAAACUGUGUCAUUGGUACCAGUAGUAGAUUCUUUACCAACCUCUGAUGCUCAUUUUAUACUUCAGACUGAUAAGAGUAAGGUUGAUUAUGGUCCCCAGCAACAUAUAAGCCAUAUAGAGCUGCCAUCUGUCACUCACACUAGUUCCUCAUUUUCUGUUAAGGACAGUGUUUCAUCUGCUACUUCUGGAAUUAGUAAAAGCACUUACAGAACUCCAAAACAUGCAAGCAUUCCAGACAGAAAGGCGAUUUCUUCCAGCAUAUCUCCAGUCACCGCAUUUGAAGAGGAAGAGGAAACCACUACAAGUACCAUUAUUACUACAACUGUGACCACAACUGUGCCAGCACCAGAACCCUGUAGUAAAAAUUUUACUGCUACUGAGGGUGCUCUUCUGUCCCCUGUGCUCAGAAAUAAUCAGUAUAAUACUGGAUUGGACUGCAGCUACACAAUCUAUGUAUAUUCUGGAUAUGGAGUUGAAAUUAAAGUACAAAAUAUCAGUCUUUCUGAAGGCGAGACCGUGACAGUGGAGAGUCUUGAAGGGGUCGAGCCUGUAAUCCUCGCCAAUGAAUCCUUUAUGAUGAGAGGUCAGGUGAUCCGAAGCCCAACCAAUCAAGUCAUGGUGCGUUUCCAGAGUUUGCAGACAUCCAGUCUGGGCAGCUUCCGGUUUUAUUACCAUGCCUAUGUCCUGAGCUGUGGAUUCCCUCGAAGACCAGCUUAUGGUGAUAUAUCUGUCACCAGUCUGCACCCGGGAGGGGAAGCAUAUUUCUACUGCAAUACCGGCUACCAGCUGCAUGGACUUCAUGUACUCACCUGCCUCAAUGCAACCCGACCUUUCUGGAGCAGCCAAGCUCCACAGUGUAUAGCUGCCUGUGGGGGUCUCAUCAGAAACAUCACUACUGGACGUCUUGUAUCACCAAACUUCCCUGGAAACUACAGCAAUAACCUAACCUGCCACUGGGUUCUAGAGGCUCCAGCAGCACAGCGACUUCAUCUGCACUUCGAGAAGGUUUCCUUAGCUGAGGAUGAUGACAGGUUUAUUAUCCGUGAUGGAAAUACAAUAGAUUCCCCGCCUAUCUACGAUUCCUAUGAAGUAGAAUAUCUCCCAAUUGAAGGUCUUCUCAGUACUGCGCGGCACUUCUUUAUAGAGCUAACAACCGACAGUAGUGGCACCUCUACUGGUGUAGCAGUUCGUUAUCAAGCCUAUGAACAAGGUCAUUGUUACGAACCUUUUGUUAAAUAUGGUAACUUCACCAGCAGUGACGCUACCUUUGCUGUGGGAACAGUAGUGGAGUUCACUUGUGAUCCAGGCUAUACACUGGAACAAGGGUCCACCAUCAUUGAGUGUCAAGAUUUAGGAGAUCCUCAGUGGAACGAGACAGAACCAGCAUGCAGAGCUGUUUGCAGUGGAGAAAUCACAGACUCUGCAGGGGUGGUGCUUUCACCCAACUGGCCUGAAGCCUAUGGAAAAGGACAAGACUGCAUCUGGGGAAUUCAUGUAGAGGAAGAGAAAAGGAUACUUCUGGACAUUCAAGUGCUAAAUAUUGGCAAGAGUGAUAUUCUUACUUUUUAUGAUGGCGAUGACUUGACAGCCCGUGUCCUAGGUCGGUACACAGGGACACACAAUCGUUUCAAAAUCUAUACCUCAAUGGCAGAUGUUAUUGUCCAGUUUCAGACUGACCCAGGGAGCAAUGUUUUUGGCUACCAACAGGGUUUCAUUAUUAACUUUUUUGAGGUACCAAGAAACGAUACCUGUCCUGAAUUACCAGAAAUUCCUAAUGGCUGGAAAACAACAUCUCAGUCUGAGCUUGUCCAUGGCACAGUCGUGACCUACCAGUGCUAUCCAGGAUAUGAGGUUGUUGGAGCAGAGCUUCUCAUGUGUCAAUGGGACCUCACGUGGAGUGGAGAUCUGCCCUCGUGUGAAAGGGUGACGUCCUGUUCAGACCCAGGUGAUGUAACUCACAGUCGCAGGAUCCUCUCUAAUGCCAAAUUCCCGGUGGGCAGUACAGUGCGCUAUGUGUGUGACAAAGGCUACAUCCUGACAGGUAGUCCAACUCUAACCUGCUACAACCGCCAGGCUGGCGUACCCAAGUGGAGUGACCGCUCUCCUAAGUGUGUUCCUGAAAAAUAUGAGCCAUGUGUAAACCCAGGAGUACCAGACAAUGGUCACCAGGAACCAGAGAAAAGAGUGUACCAACCAGGAGAUGCUGUAAGAUUUGCGUGCAGAACGGGGUACAUGCUGAUGGGAGAGCACAGUCUAAAGUGUAUUCCGGGGCACCCCUCACAGUGGAGCAACUCUCCACCAAUCUGCAAAGCUUCGUAUAAAGAAUUUUACAGCAAUCAGGGUAUAGAAGCUGUGGAGAAAGCAGCAGCUUCCGGCAUCCCAGUAGAAGGCACACACAUACUGCUGGCGGUCUUUGUUCCUGUUAUCAUGGUGGCUCUUGUCAUCGCAGCCAUCUACCUAUAUUUCUCAAAGCUACAAGGAAAAGCUCUACUUCGCCUGCCGCUUUCUUCCUCUCCGGCGUACGAUCAAGUCACGGUGGAAUCUGCAUUUGACAAUCCAGCAUUUGAAACAGGAGACACAAGAGAAUACGAAGUGUCCAUAUAGAUGGAAUAGCAUCUUCUGUAUCAGUGGAAAAUAUCUGGAAGGACACACCAUACAGUAUUGUUAUUGUCACUUAUAAGAAGAUUCUUGACUUGUUACUUCUAUAGUGGCGGAACUGAGUAACUGACCCCAUUGUGGGCACAGACAUUUUUUUGAGAAAUGGCACAGCAUUGGCCUGUAUUGCAACUCUCAACAAACUUGACAUUUCCAGCUCUUCUAUCUUCCUGUCCAGUUCCUACCACUGUUCUUAUUGCUCUUCGCCAUUAGUUCUUCUCUCAGCUUCAGAUCUAGGUCUUUCCUUUGUCCACGAAGAAGAAAUUUGAAUGGAAUACCUGUGUAUUCUAACCCAACGUUUAGCUGCAUCUUGAAAGGUUAAAAGUUAUUGCCUAAUAGCAAAUUAGAUGUCAGGGGUUUCUGAGAAGAAGAGGGGUUAGAACAAAAAAAAAAACUGCAUGAACAAUACUCAUAGACACACAACAAAAAAAAGUAAUACAGGUAAAACCAUAGAAACAUAAACACAGAGAUACAUUAAGAACAGAUAAUAGAGAGCAGGCGUGACAGGUUCUGAGGGACUUGUACAUUGAAGUGUGCUGGUGUCUGUACAGAACCGAGUAUGACUGGGCUACUUCAGUGGCCACCAUGACACUUGUACACUUUUAAUGCGUGACAUCCCUUAGCUUGUGUGUUUAGUUACAUAUGUAUAUAUGAAUUUAUAUAUUUGUUUAUAUGAGGCUCAGUGGGGACUUUCAUAGGGACAGUUUGUUUUCACAAUGUCUGAGUGACCUCAUUAAAUCUUCCAUUGAAUUGCACAGACUGUGUGGUCACCAGGGCGGAUGGGUUAUCUGCUGUUUGUUUGCUGAAGCUCAUGUUGCCCAUUUACCUUAUGCACUAGACAUAUCUAAGGUCAGAUAGGAUUUUUUGUUACCUAUAUUGAUAUCUGCUACUCAAAGGGCCUCAAUGAAACAGGGAUAUCUCAAAGCUGAUUACUAAAGAAAAGUUACAAUUUGCAAAUAGGUUACAUCUGUUCAUUCCCAGAUUUUACAGAAAUUACAUUUGUAUUGUGUAAAAAGUGAGUUAAAAAGUAUACCUCAACAAAACCACUGUUAUAUGAAUUAUGCAGGUAUAGUUUAGGCCUUAUUAGCAUAUUACUAAUGAUAACACACACUUAAAGGGGUUGUAAAGGAAAACAUUUUUUUCAU